AUGAAGGACAACUAUGAUAGUUGUUAUAUCCAAGUAAAGACGUUUCUCGAUUCCCAAGGUGGAUGGAAAAUCGUAAAGAGUGGGAUUGUUGAACCUGAUGAAGACGCGACGACGUUGGCCCUGACUCGAGCGUUUGAGAAGAACAAAGAAAAGGAUCAACAUGCCCUUUCUAUCAUCCAUCUUACAGGUGAAUUUGAAGCUCUUUAUUACGAAGCACCGGAGUCUAUUUCAGACUAUUUCACGCGGAUCUUAUUUAUCGUCAACCAGAUGAAGCGAAAUGGCGAAAGCAUAGAAGACGUUCUAGUAAUCGAGAAAAUUUUGAGUUCUCUUCAUCAAUGGUUUGAUCAUGUAGUGGUUGCAAUUGAAGAGAAUAGAGAUUUGGAAAAACUCUCAAUCGACGAAUUAACUGGAUCGUUACGGGUGCACGAGGAACGGAUGAACAAACACAAGAAGGAGCCUUUGGAGAAAGCCCUUCUAGUCAAUCAUUCGUUAGGCGAAAAUGUGAGCGUAGUUCAUCGAGGCACGAUCGAGGUUAUUCUCGCGGUGGCGGUCGAGGAUGUGGAAAAAAUCGAGGCAUCGAGAGAGGAAGUGGUGAUAAACCUCGAGGAAAUCCAAGAGCUAGAGGAAGAGAAAGAGGACGCAGACGAGUACAAAGAAGUGAUGGAUAUGACAAAGGAUACGAAAAGGCACGCGUUGAGUGCUACAAUUGUCACAAAUUGGGUCAUUAUGCUCGUGACUGCUGUUAUUGGAGGAGAAAGUCAGUGGUAUAUUGACAACGGUGCAAGUAACCACAUGUGUGGCGACAAGUUGAAAUUCGUUGAGAUUAAGAAAAAGGAAACCGAAAAUAUCACGUUCAGAGAUGCUUUGGAAGACCAUAUUGAAGGCAUAGGUGCCAUUUCGAUUCGAUUGAGGAUGGUGACGAGAAGGGCCAAAUUGCUUGCAAGUAUCCGUGACAGAUCCAGCGUGGUGUUGACACAUGAGGAUGGGACAUCUAAAUUUUGGUGGCCUAAAAAUGAUGUCCGAAAAGAAAAUGGUGAUGGGGAUGACUUUGAUCAAUCAUUCGGAUCAGCUUUGUGA